AUGGAGGGGUCCAGUGAAAAGCUCUUCUGCUGCAGGUGGGUGCGCCGCAGAGUUCCCCUGACCCACCGGGAGGAACUGUACCACAUCCUGAGGAUGACAGGCCCUCUGCUGCUCUCUCGAAUCCUCCAUUACCUGCUCCCAUUUGUGGUCACAGUGUUCUGUGGGCGUCUGGGAAAUGAAGUGAUGGCUGGCUAUGGAUUAGCUUCUGCUACCAUUAAUAUCACUACUGCAGCAACGGGAUGUGGUCUGGGACUGGCAUGCGAUACUUUGGUGGCUCAGACAUUUGGUGGCAAGAACCUUCUGCGGGUGGGAGUGAUCCUUCAGCGGGGCAUCAUCAUCCUGCUGUUGUUCUGCCUGCCCUGUUGGGGUCUGCUCAUCAAUGCCCAGGCCAUCCUGGUAUGCCUGGGCCAGAACCCUGAGGUGACCAGAAUAGCUCAGCAGUAUAUUACAGCCUUCCUUCCUGCCGUACCAGCAAUGUUUCUACAUCAGCUUCAGGUAUCUUAUCUGCAGAACCAGGGUAUAAUACUGCCACAAAUGUACGCUGCCGCCAUGGCAAACAUAGCAAACGUUGUGACGAACUACAUCUUUCUUUACUGGCUGGAUCUAGGUAUUAGCGGAUCGGCAGCAGCCAAUUCUCUGUCUCAGAUUUACAUCUGCGCUUUUCUGUUUGCUUACAUUCGGUGGAAGAAGCUCCAUGUAAAAACAUGGGGAGGCUGGUCUGUGGAAUCACUGCAGGAGUGGGGCUCCUACAUGAAACUGGCCUUUCCCAGUACAUUGAUGACGUGUUUCGAGUGGUGGGUUUAUGAGUUUGGGGGAUUCUUUGCAGGAAUGCUGAGUGAAGACGAACUGGCUGCCCAACAUGUUGUGAUAAUGGUGGCUUUCAUAACCUACAUGUUCCCUCUUGGUAUUCAAGCUGCAGCAUGCGCCCGUGUGGGCAAUGCUCUCGGUGCAGGAGACACUGUCGGCGCCAUCCUCACCUGCAAGAUGUCAUUAGCUCUCGCAGGUAGCAUUGCAGUUGUUGAAGGUCUUGUGCUCGGCUCCACUAAAAAAGUGAUUGGCUUCAUCUUCACCUCUGAUGAGAAGAUCAUUGGUCUGGUCUCCCAUUUGAUGAACGCUUACUGUUUCCUCCAAUUCUUUGAUGGUCUUGUGUGUGUGUGCACAGGCAUCUUCUUGGGCACAGGCAAACAGAAGAUACCAGCUGUGGCCAAUUUCAUUGGAUACUACUGCAUCGGACUUUCACUCAGCGUAGUUUUAACGUUUGUUGCCAAACUGAGAAUUUUGGGUUUUUGGCUGGGGCUGCUCAUUUGUGUCAUCUUGCAAUCUACCUUCUACAUCAUUAUCAUCUUCAAGCUCAACUGGAGGAGAAUGACGGAGGAGGCUGUGAAACGAGCUCAGAAAAAGACCCACGUGACAUUAUUACGCACAGCUUCCCUGUCAGAUAACCACACAGCAAGCCAUGGGAACUCAGUGGAAGGCUACAUGUCUGUGGGCCCUGAGUGCCAUGACGGGAACACAGAGACACAGGGUGGACAUGUGGUCCAGCAGAAGGGUGGCCGUCUCUCCACUACCCAGCUGAUCCUCAGGCGAGGCCUCAUUGUGUUUGCAGCAGUUGCACUUCUGGCUGUGGGAGCGACUGUGCACUUCCUGGUGCCCUUGCCAGAGACCCGGUCUUCAGAGGCCAACUUUACUUUGGACUGGAUCAACACAACAUAUAUAGCCAUAGAUGGAUAGAUGGAUGGAUGGAUGGAUAGAUUGAUAGAUAGUUAGAUUGA